AUGCCGGCCGGGCUAAGUCUCCAGUGGCAUAGCGCACAGCGCUCACCCGACUUGUCUCAGAGCCCUGAAUUCAACAAUUUGAAAGAAAAAGGCAAUAGUAAGGGUUUCAAACUGACAGAGAAAUUUGAAAGUCUCAUGAACAUUCAUGGUUUUGAUCUGGGUUCUAGGUAUGUGGACUUAAAACCAUUGAGUUGUGGAGGCAAUGGCUUGGUUUUUUCUGCUGUAGAAAAUGACUGUGACAAAAGAAUAGCCAUCAAGAAAAUUGUACUUACUGAUCCCCAGAGUGGCAAACAUGCUGUACCUGAAAUCAAAAUUGUUAGAAGACUUGAUCAUGAUAACAUUGUGAAAGUGUUUCAAAUUCUUGGUCCCAGUGGAAGCCAAUUAACAGACGAUGUGGGCUCUCUUACAGAGCUGAACAUUUACAUUGUUCAGGAGUACAUGGAGACAGACUUGGCUAAUGUGCUGGAGCAGGGCCCUUUACUGAAAGAACAUGCCAGGCUUUUCAUGUAUCAGUUGCUACGGGGGCUCAAGUAUAUUCACUCUGCAAAUGUACUGCACAGAGAUCUCAAACCAGCUAAUCUUUUCAUUGAUACUGAAGACUUGGUGCUAAAGAUAGGUGACUUUGGUCUUACACGGAUUAUGGAUCCUCAUUAUCCCCAUAAGGGUCAUCUUUCUGAAGGAUUGGUUACUAAAUGGUACAGAUCUUCACGUCUUUUACUUUCUCCUAAUAAUUACACGAAAGCCAUUGACAUGUGGGCAGCAGGCUGCAUCUUUGCUGAAAUGCUGACUGGUAAAACCCUUUUUGCAGGUGCACAUGAACUUGAACAGAUGCAGCUGAUUUUAGAAUCUAUUCCUGUUGUACAUGAGGAAGAUCGUCAAGAGCUUCUCAGCGUAAUUCCAGUUUACAUUAGAAAUGACAUGACUGAGCCACACAAACCUUUAACUCAGCUGCUUCCAGGAAUUAGUAGAGAAGCACUGGAUUUCCUGGAACGAAUUUUGACAUUUAGCCCCAUGGAUGGGUUAACAGCAGAAGCAGUGCUCUCCCAUCCUUCGUGAGCAUAUAUUCUUUUCCAUUGAAUGAGCCAAUUUCAAGCCAUCCUUUUCAUACUGAAGAUGUAUGAAGUUGAUGAUAUUCAGCUUAUGGAUGAAACUCACAGCCACAUUUAUAACUGGGAAAGGUACCAUGAUUGUCAGUUUUCAGAGCAUGAUUGGCCUAUACAUAACAACUUUGAUAUUGAUGAAGUUCAGCUUGAUCCAAGAGCUUUGUCUGAUGUCACCGAUGAAGAGGAAGUACAAGUUGAUCCCCGAAAAUAUUUGGAUGGAGAUCGGGAAAAGUAUCUGGAAGAUCCUGCUUUUGAUACCAAUUGCUCUACUGAGCCUUGUUGGCAGUACCCAGAUCAUCAUGAAAACAAAUACUGUUAUCUGGAGUGUAGCCAUACUUGUAAC